UUAAAAACAGAUGUAGCUACUUUAAUAAAGUUAAAUAUUCAGAAAAAUUUCAUUGGUUCUGCUAUGGCAGGAAGCAUUGGUGGAUUUAAUGCUCAAGCUGCUAAUAUUGUCACUGCUAUCUUUCUUGCUACAGGUCAAGAUCCAGCUCAAAAUGUUACUAGUUCCAAUUGCUUAACUGUGUUGGAAGAUAAAAAAGGAGAUCUGUAUAUUAGUUGCACAAUGCCAUCCAUAGAAGUUGGAACUGUUGGUGGAGGAACUUUCCUGCCAGCUCAGUCAUCUUGUUUAGAGAUGCUGGGAGUGAAAGGUCCUUGUGAAGAAAACCCAGGGAAUAAUUCAGCAAAGCUUGCUAGAAUCAUCUGUGCGACUGUCCUUGCUGGAGAGUUGUCCCUUCUUUCUGCAUUAGCAGAAGGCAACCUAGUUCGUUCACACAUGACUCAUAAUAGGUCAUCUCUUACAGUUCAUUCAUCAUUGCAGUCUCCAUUACAGGAUGUCCAUGUGAAUCAGAAUUAUACAUCAUGAAAUAGGGGUUUUUAGAAUCACUGCAGUUUUCAACAAAUGAAAUAUUUAAAGAACAUUCAGUUAAACAUGCUU